AUGUUAAGGAUCACCAGGUUCAUACCCAGAAUAACGCCCAGCCUAGGCCAACGUGGCUUCCAUAUCACCAGCACGCUCAACAGAACCAACCAUUCUACUAGAACCAAAGAAAAUGUGCAUGAUUUAGAAACAUUUUUCAAAUUGAUCGGACGUAAUACUAUCGAGCAUUUAGAUAGUUUUGAAGGAGAUUUAAAUAAGUUUUUAUCAACUGACACUAAAGAAUUGAAGAAUAAAGGUAUCGAUGUAUCCACAAGAAGAUAUAUGUUAAGAUGGAAACAUAAAUUUGUUAAUGAUUUAGAACCAUUGAGAGAACAUAAACGAGGUAAAAAGAGACACGGAGGUGAAAGAAAUGCCAAAGCCGUUAAGGCCAAGAAGGCUUCAUUAAAGAGAAUGGAAGAAAGAGAAGCUUUUGAAAAGGGUGAAUUAGAAGCUGAAGAUAGAGGUGAAAGAGAAUUUUAG